GCUGCUGGUAAGCUGCACGGAGGAAAUGACGACGGUGCUGAAUUCAUCCAUGUAGAUGACAGGCACUGAUUUGUGGGAGGUGGGAUUGCAACAUGGCACCGGGACCUGAUAAAGGACAAAGACAGGAGAAAUCAGGCAAGUGCCGAUGGGAGUCUUGCCGCCAACAGCUGCUGCUGGCCACGAACACAAAGAGCCUUUAUACACAGAUGAAGGACAGUGGAGGAUGCAAGAUGCAGGUAAUCAUGAGGCCUGUCCAAGACACUUGGCUCUGCUACUCAAAGACCUUUAGCCAGUGUGUGUUGGUGAUGGCUCAGUGUGUGUAGCUGCAGAGAGGGGACAUCCAAUUACAACAUUACAGCUACUGGCACCUGUGCUGCUGAGCCUGGGAAAUGGAAACGUCAAGGAGAUAGUGCACGCUUGUUCAUAUUUCUGCUUAAAUUGUGACAGUGUGAUGGGCAAGUUUGUGGAAAAAAAGGCCAAAGUUUCUGUAAACAUGCAGAGGACGUGAGGGGAGGUGAUGACGGAAAGGUAACGUGGCCAGUGAAAACAGCAAAGGGUCAUGGGAUGUGGCUUUGGAAAAUCAGAACGACAGCUGAAGAAAUGUGACAGGGUGAGCAUCUCAGUUCCAGCUGCCACUGCGAUCAGAGCGGCUCUGCUGAUCCAGCGCUGGUACCGUCAGUAUGUUGCCCGGCUGGAGAUUAGACGCAGGUGCACGUGGAACAUCUUCCAGUCUAUUGAAUAUGCAGGAGAGCAAGACCAAAUCAAGCUCUACAAUUUCUUUGGUUUCCUGAUGGACCACUUCACCCCAGCCAGCUGUGAAAGAAACCUUAUAUCUCACAUCUUUCGUAAGAAUGAAAUCUGCUGGGACACAGAAUGGGAGAGGUACUUUUGCUACAAGAGCAUUGAGGUGCCCGAUAGCUACAGCGGCCCCCACCUGACCUUCCCCAUGACCUUCUGUGGGGUAUCAAAGCUAGUGGAGGCUUUCAAGCACAAACAACAGCUCCAUGCACGCUAUGUUCUUCAGCUUCUUGGAGAGACUUGGAAACUUCUAAGAAUCCUUCCAAAUAUCAAUCAAGUCUCUGUCUGCCACACAAAGGAGAUUACCAUCUGCGGGGAUUUACAUGGUCAUCUUGAAGAUCUGCUGCUGAUAUUCUAUAAGAAUGGUUUGCCUUCCUCGGAGAAACCGUAUGUCUUCAACGGAGACUUUGUGGAUCGUGGUAAAAACUCCUUAGAAAUCCUGCUCAUCCUGUUUGGGUUCCUGCUGGUUUAUCCCAAUGACGUCCAUCUGAACAGGGGAAACCAUGAGGACCACAUUGUCAACCUGAGAUAUGGUUUCACUAAAGAAGUUUUGGGAAAAUAUAGGAUGCAUGGCAAGAAGAUCCUGAAGCUUCUCCAGAAGAUUUUCAGCUGGCUGCCUCUGGCCACAGUGAUCGAUCACAAGGUGCUGAUCGCACACGGUGGGAUCUCUGACACAACAGACCUGGACACGAUAGCCAGAAUGGACAGACACAAAUAUGUGUCAGCUCUCAGGCCUCCCAAGCCGACCCAUCAUGCAGUCAAUGGCAGUAAGGCUCAGACGAUGAACAACAGUAACGGGGAGGCCGUUGGUCAGCUGGAGGGCCGGCGUCGAGUGUAUUCUCUGACCUACAACAGCUCAGCACCGGCUCACAGGCACAACCUCCCGCGCCGCUCGCUCCAGAACCCUCCGGUGAGCAGUCAACUCAGCUGGUCAGUGGAGGAGGAGCUGAAAAAGAGGCGCAGAUUGGCUGGGUUUGACCAGUCCUACGGAGAACCGACAAGGUCCGACUCUGAUUCAGACCCAGAGUCUGGAGAAACAACAGAAACGGAUGAGCUUGAGUGGAAACAAAUCGUGGACAUGCUGUGGAGUGACCCAAUGCCCCAAAAUGGCUGCAUACCCAACGAGGUGCGAGGUGGCGGCUGCUAUUGGGGGCCCGACGUCACAGAGGAAGUGCUGGGAAGACACAACCUCCAGCUCCUCAUCCGCUCCCAUGAGUGCAAACAGGAAGGCUACGAGUUCUGUCACAACCGCAUGGUGCUGACUAUAUUUUCAGCGUCUAACUACUAUGAGGUGGGCAGCAACAGAGGAGCCUACAUCAGGAUGGGUCCUGACCUGGUCCCACAUUUCAUUCAGUAUCAGGCCAGCAGGACAUCCAGAGAGCUCACCCUCAGACAAAGUAUCGGGUCGACAGAGAGAUCAGCUUUACGAGCUCUGAGGGAGCAACUGUUUGUUCAUAAGUCAGAUCUCAUCAGUGCCUUCCAGGAGUUUGAUCCUAACAACACAGGGAUGAUCUCUCUGAGGCACUGGGCCAGCGCUAUGGAGCGGGUGCUGAACCUGGGUCUGCCCUGGAGGGUGCUGCGCCCUCAGCUCGUCAGCAGCACCAAGUACGGCAUGGUGGACUACCAGCAGUGGAUACGGGAGCUCUCCAUCACUGAGCCCAAACUAGAGAUCUCUGAUAACAGCAUCCUGGAGACCAUGUACAAAAACCACUCCAACCUGGAAACCAUCUUCCGCAUCAUAGACACAGAUCACUCAGGUUUGAUCUCUUUCGAAGAGUUUCGUCAGACCUGGAAACUCCUGAGUUCGCAUCUUCAGGUGGAGAUCAGCGACAAGGCCAUCGCAGACCUGGCCCAGAGCAUCGACUUCAACAAGGACGGCAGCAUCGAUAUCAACGAGUUCAUGGAGGCUUUCCGGCUGGUGGACCUCUCUUCACAGAACUGAGAGCCUAGAGCAGGAAGUGUAGCCGUCCCUGCUGAUCUGCUGCUCAGACAGCACCAAGAACUGUCUCUAAUAUCUCUUCUGUUUCAUCUUUGUGGGGUGAUUGAGUGCAUCAUCGUUCAUCCAUAUAAAAACUAGAUCUUUUCUACCUCUUUGGUGUUUAGCUCUUCUUUUUUUAUUACCUUUUUGUAUUCAAGUUUAUUUAAGAAGUUAGUGUAUUUUAAUGAUUUGCGCAUAGCUUAAUGAUGACCUAUUUAGAUGUGCAUAAUAAACAUCAAAGACCUUU